CUGACACACACGAGCAGCUUCGGAAGCUUCACCGAGUCGAGCCGGCGCGGAAUCGACAGCGGCGUUUACUAUUAUUAUUAUUAUUAUUAUUAUUAUUAUUAUUAUUAUUAUUUAAAUUAAAACAAACAAGCAUUAUUUUAAAAAAAUAUUGACCGUUUAUUAUAGACGAGUGUCGUAGUUUUGAACCGCGUUGCUUGCGCUGAAAUACGCGUUCGCUCAACAUGAAAGUUAUUCAGACUUAAAAAUAUAUAUAUAUAUAUAUAAAUAAAACGUAUUUAAGAGACGUAAACAUACACGUAAAAAUAUUCGUCUUAUUUAUUGAAUAAAUCAGUCCCCCCCCCCGGGUGAGCGAUGAGGUGCGUGGUCGCCACUAGCAACGUUAAAGUUCUUGGCAAAGCCGUGCAUUCGCUGUCGAGAAUCGGAGAUGAACUGUACUUUGAACCGCUGAGCAGCGGGCUCGCUCUCCGCUGUGUGAAUUCCUCACGCUCGGCCUACGGCUGCUUCCUGUUCACUCCCCUCUUCUUCCAGCACUAUGACUCCGGGGCUCCCCCUGGUGGCCUGGAGGACUCCAGCUUCCGCUGCAAGAUGGGGAUGAAGUCGGUUCAGACCGUGUUUAAGUCGCUGUCCUCUCUGGACAAGACGGUGGAGAAGUGUGAGAUUGAUCUGAAUCCUGGAGGAAACAGACUGGUGUUUCAGCUGCACUGCAAAUACGGGAUCACGAAGACCCACAAUCUGUCCUUCCAGGAGAGCGAGUCUCUACAACCUGUCUUUCAGAAGGACGGAUACGCCAAUGUGCUCCGAGCCCAGCCCAGGCUGCUGGCGGACACGGUGGUGCAUUUCCCCCCCUCGCUGGAAGAAGUGAACGUGACGGUGAGUGGAGAACGAGUGCAGUUCAGAAACCACCUGGAGGACGAGCAAGACGCGUCGAAGAUGAUGCUGACUGAGAUGAGUCUCGAUGCUGACGAGUUCGAGAGCUUCCAGGUUCGAGAGGAGACGGGAAUCACCUUCUGUCUGAAAGAGCUCCGGGGUCUCCUGAGUUUCGCGGAGUCCUCCGGAUUGCCUCUCAGUAUGUACUUUGAUCAACCAGGCAGGCCGGUGGUGUUUGGGCUGGACGACCCUGUUCUGGAGGUUAAUUUUGUUCUGGCCACUCUGUCAGAUGAGGAGACCACGACCCACAGGGAGAGGAACCGGAGUCGCCCCCCUCAGGCCGACACCAGCCACGACGACUUCCUGAGCGAUGACAUGGACAGCUAUAUGAUCGCCAUGGAGACCAGCGCUGUGGGCGGGGCCGAGGCACAGCCCUGCAGUACCGGGUCUGACCAGAGGAGGGAGAGGGAGUCUGACACUGCAGCAGGCAGUACCAGGUCUGACCAGAGGAGGGCGAGGGAGCCUGUCUCUGCAGCCUGCAGUUCAGGGUCUAAACAGCAGAGGGGGCUGGAGAGCGAGAGUGAGGAAGAGGAGGAGGAGGAGUUACCCGGGACCCCUCCACAAAAGAGAUUCCGCUCGCUGUUCUUCGGUUCCGUCCUCUCCCCUUACUCCCAGGGAGCCAAUCAGACGCUUCGGAACCAGGAAGUGCUUGCCGAGGCCAGCGACAGUGACCCGGAGGAACAGGAAGAGGAAACAGCAAAGAAAUAAAAACGAACGAACAAAAGAAGGAAAGAACUGAGCAAAUUAACACCCAAAAAAAAAGUAGACUUUGAAUUUGUAUCACUAGGGUGACUCAUUGUCGCCCCCUGCUGGUGGAGGGGGUGUAGUGCAGGCGGUCGUGCGCACACAGGUCACAGGUCACACAUUUUGAACUGCUAAUCCCUUUGUCGUGAAACCUGCACGUGAUGGAGGGAGUGAGAGAGAGAGGAGGAUGAAGAAGAGAGAGGAAGAGAGGUAGACUCAAGCAACACAAAUUGAUUGAUUAGUAAAUAAACGAGACUGAUUUUUGUCAUCAAUAUAAAGUGAGUUUCAGUUUUAUUAUGGAUCCAUUUUGACGCAAGAAUCUGGAAGAAUUGAUCACAUAUUGAUCUGUACAAAGUAAAAAAAAAACAUCCCUGGCGAGACUGA